ACUCAUUCUUGGUUCGUUCUUCUUGGGCUCACCAUCGUGGCUCGUGCGCCUCACAUUGAGAUCGCGUUUUUCUUUGCACACCUUUCUCGGGAGCACACAGUAUUUCAGAGUUUUUCGGAGGAAAAUCCACUUGCGGAGAUUAACAUUUUUUUUAAACUAAUUUUUAUUCUAUUAGGCAGGAAGUGCUGUGAUUUUGUGUGAAAGUGCACCCCAAAAAGACUUGGCAGUGUCCAGGAAAUUUCAAAGAAAAAAGUGCUGUGUGUUGAAAUCUGUCUUUUUUCUUGUUAUUUUUCUUUUGGAGAAGUUCGUGGACUUGCUCGAAGAAUUUUUUUGUUGUAUUUUGGCAAAUCAUCUCCCAGUGUGUGUUCUUCGCAAAGGGGGUUACAACAUUUUAUGUUGAAGGAAUAAAUCUCGUGCAGCCAUUGAGAGAACUUAAUUAGCGAAAUGUGGAAAUUUAUUCUCAUCACUGUGUUCUUCGCAUUGAAUGCUGUGGCGGAUGACACUGUCAAGGCAAAUUCCACUGAGCGCCAAAUUAGAGCCAUUUCGACAAAUUGCCCAAGAUUGUGUCCCCCACUGGGAGCGUCUCUGGAACCCGUUUGUGGCUCUGAUGGCUACAUCUACUCAAAUCUCUGUGAGAUGAAGAAGAAAACAUGCUCCAAGGUGGGACCAAAUACCGUCACGGAGGAUGAGAAUGGAUGCGAAAGGGCCACAGGAUCCAAAUGUGGCAAUAGGUGUCCAUCGGAAAAGGAUCCCGUCUGUGGAACGGACGGGAGGACGUACUUAAACAGGUGCAUGCUGCGCGUCCAGGCCUGUCGCGUGGGGACGGCGGCCGUGUCAAUGGCCCACGUGGGGCCCUGUGCCAACAUCAGUGCAAUCAGAGAAUCGUGUCCCGUGGACUGUAACAGUGCUCCUCAGGAUGGGCCUGUGUGUGCUUCCAAUGGGAAUGUCUACAACUCAACGUGCCAGAUGAAGAUUCAAACAUGUGGACAGGGAGUGGUGCGUACAAAUCGGAAGCACUGCCAGAGCACCCGAAACUGCCGGGAAUCAUGCUGGCGCGUAGCUAGGCCCACAUGUGGUUCAGAUGGUCGAAUUUAUCCGAGUGCCUGCAAAAUGCGUUCAGCAAAUUGCGGUCGGCACGUCUUUGAGGUGCCAAUGUCAUUCUGCAUGUCCCAAGAACGUGCUGGAACGGGGAAUCACAUCGAGGACUGCCCCACGGAAUGCCCACCUGCAUCCGAGGAUGAAGUCGUCUGCGGAAGCGAUGGGAAUAUCUACUCAUCCGGCUGUGAGCUGAAUAUGCUCAACUGUGGAAGACUCACGUCAGCGGAAGCUUACCAGAAUUUUUUGACCGGCUCUAAAAAUCCUCAGUCGACGCGAAUCAGCACACAGCGGAAGCCGGUCCAGAUUGUCUCGAUGACCCGAUGCCAGACACGCUUGAAUCGUUGCAAGCAGAUCCCGCAGUGUGAUGAGUUCCAGGAUAAAUUUGGUGGACUCUUCUCGUCGGCCCAGAAUGAUCUCAUCUGUGGAACGGAUGCUAAAACUUACCAGAAUGAGUGUGAACUAGCGCACGCAACUUGUUUACGCGGUGUCCAAUUGGCUCACAUUGGUCCCUGCACGAGGCUAAAGCCAGCCCGGUAUGACUGCAAUCUCUCCUGCGAACCCGAAGAGGAUGGAGAAGAGCCCGUGUGCGGAUCCGAUGGCAAUGCCUACAGGAAUAUGUGUGAAUUGAAGCAACGAACAUGCGGAAUGCGCGUUGUUCCCGUCUCCCUGAAGCACUGCACCACGACGGCUCAUUGCGAUGCUAACUGCGAAGAGAUGGAGGGAAGUUUCGUCUGUGGCUCCGACAUGCAUCUCUACAAAUCCGAAUGCCACAUGCGCAAAGAAAACUGCGGAAAACACAUCUUUGUUGUACCCAUGAAACGAUGCUUGGCUGCAUUCACAUUCAAAGGAUGCUCCCGUAUGUGCCCACAGGAAUACGAGCCCGUGUGCGGAACUGACGAUAAAACCUACUCCAAUGAUUGCUUCCUCAGCAUUGAGAAUUGUCGCUCCCGCAAUGUUCAGCUGAAGCAUUACGGUGCCUGCGGACGGCCAGAACAACCCUCACACAACUAUCUCUACUAGUAGCACCGCGUGGGGUGCCCCCAAAACAUCCAAUGGGAGAUGCUUCCAAUCCGACCUUUUAGCCUUUGUUGUACAAAUCAGUUUUAUUGGAAAAAAUAAUAUCUCUGCGCCACGCUUUGGAAGAUUUGUGUAAUCUACCACCUUUAUACGAUCAAUGUAUUAGUAACUAAGUUAUUUAUUUAAUUAUUAAUUAUUUAAAUAAACAGUGUUUUAAGAUA